AUGACGGUCCUCCUCUCGCCAAUCUCAUCACCGCCUCAACCCAUCUUCAAGCCUCUCCCUCCCGGCAUGUCGAGAUCGCCAGAUCGCGGCACUGUCCACCAGGUCGCCCUCAAGGCUCUUCAGAUCAAGGCCGUCCGGAUAGAAAGACUAGACGGCAGCGUCUUCAGGAACCUCCGCCUCCAACCAACUUCAGAAUACUUCUACGUCCUCAAAUGCCGACCCUCUUCCCACAUACGACUCCUCGGCCAGGAGGAAGAACGACUCCAAACCGAAGCCUUAGUCCUCCAAUCUCUACAGAGCAGAUCUGACAUGCUGGUCCCGCGCCUCAUUCAAUACCACCCCACCACAAUCCCCAUGGGCUCACCUUACCUCAUCAACGGACCUUUCAAAGGCUCCAUCCUCUCUGACAUAGAGGCCUCCCUCUCCCGCCAAGCUUUCUCCAGCAUCGACAAAUCUCUCGGCCAGUACGUCCGUCAACUCUCCCACAUUUCUGGCCCAGCCUUUGGCGCCAUCAGUCCAGGGACGCCGCCUGCAAGUCCGGCGUGGAGCCGAUGCUUUGCUGCCCUGCUGGAGACGAUCCUCCGAGACGGAGAAGAUGCGCUGGUCAGUCUCCCCUACGACUUUAUCCGGAAUCAGGUUCGUCGGCAUCGACAGGUGCUGGAUCAGAUCAGUCAGCCAAGGCUUGUGCUAUUGGAGAUGGCAAAGGAUGAAAAUGUUCUCGUUAAUACAAAUGACUACACUUUUGCGGGGAUUGUGGACUGGAGUACGGCGAUUUGGGGCGACCCGUUCAUGAGUGAUUGCUUCCAUAAGCCGAGGGUGGGCUUUGCGGAGGGGUUUGGGAGGUUACCGAAUCGUGAUGCGAAUGAGAGGAUCAGGCAGUACUUGUACGGGUUGUAUCAUUCGCUACUGGCGGUCGUGAGGCAUUGUUAUAGGCCUAGUGGGGAUGGGGAUGAGUUGGCUGCUAGGAGGACUUUGGUGAGUGCUGAUGGGGAAGCCACAUGA